CCUGGGGUUGGGCUCAUACGACGAGCUCCAGUCCCAGGGAAUCGACUUCAUGGCUAUACUGAAAGAUGUGGAACGGGAGGCCGAACACGACAAACAGGAACGGGAGCUCAUGAGGCCGUUCUCCACGAAUAGUUACGAUGCGAAACAGACCCCAACCCCUAAUGAGACACUCCUGACGGAGUCGAUCAACGACGGGGUCCGGAGGCACUCCCGGAGCACAUCUGUGGCUCAGACCGAGAACUUCGAAGUCUCCGACAUUACGGCCGAUGACGAGGACUACUCGCAUGAGCCCAGGAUUCAGGAGGAGAACCGGGAGGUGGGCUCUAUCGGGGGGCACGUCUACUAUCAAUACUUUAAAGCCGGCGCCGGACCCAUACUGUUCACGAUUAUCCUGUUGUCGACAUUGAUAUCUCACGAUUGCAUACAAGGGACUGACAAAAAUCAAAUAGCUAGUGUAAUUGACCAUGAUACACGAAAUUAUUACGUCUACAUCUAUUCGGGACUCAUUGGGGCCCUGUUUGUGACGGCGCUAAUGCGGUCGACCACGUGGUUCAUGAUGUGUAUGCGGGCGUCCGUUAAUCUACACAACAGUAUAUUCUCG